AUGUUAUAUUUUCCAUUUCUAAAGCUUCCAUUCCUACCAAUUCAAAAUAUUGUACACAACUUGAGUUGUACUGAAAUAAUUGAGCUCUCCCUGUGCUCCCGUAGAUCAAAACGGUUAAUGCAAAGAAUUCGACACCCAGAGCCCACCCACAUUCAAAUAAUUAUCGAUCAGUAUCGUAUGUAUGUUGCACUUCGGAAUGGAAUCAAACAAUGUUUAUUCUGGUCAAUCAGAACGGAAUCGCAUAUAAAAUAUAACCGAGUUGAUACUAUUGAAAACGUUCGUGUUCGAGUUUUGAAACUCACUGGACCAAAUUUCAUGAUCGAUGGUACUCACGAGCCAGAAACAGUUCUAAAAGCUCUCGUGGAUCACUUGAAAGAUGUAUUCAAAGUUCCUCUCGAAGUGAAUUUUAAACCAUAUAAAAUGGAGAAUUUCUUCAGAUUUCUUCCCGUUUUUCCAGUCUGCAAACGUUUUUAUUUUCAUGCGACUGAAGGGGUGUCAGAAGAAGAACUAAAGUACGUCAAAGAUAAUGUUGUUGUAGAACAACAGGCUUAUUACUACACAGCUGAUAAUUGA